AUGGCCGCCACCACCUUUCUGCCCGCCCUCAAAUCGGCGCCGCACACCUUCCUCCAACCAACUCUCCCCCUCUAUACCGAUGCCGUCGCAUACCUCAAAAACAUCCUCGAUCCACUCGCUGAGGACAUCAGCACUGAACAGCAACAACGCCUCAAAGAAUCACGCAAAAAACGGAAGAGAGGUCAAGCCGGCGACGAGGCAGUCCUACGCCUCAAGAAAAUUCACACGGAUGGCUUCGGUGUCGAACAAGUCUGGGAACAGGCGAGGAGAGUAAUUGAUGCCGCAACGGAUGAGGUUGAGCAGGAAUAUGAGAAGCUACAGGCGCAACGACGACUGCAAGAGAAAGAAGCCGAAUUCGAAGAUGCGCAAUCAGAGCAAGAGGACGAUGACGAGGCUCUGGGCGAGGAGGGCGUAGACUUUGAAGUCGAGGGCGUCGACGAUGGCGAUCAGGAGUACCAUUCGGAUAGCGAUGACGAGGAAGCAGCGGAGGAUGAGCUCGACUUGGACGGCGAUAUGCAUGAUGACUUUGACGAGAUGGCCGAAGAUGAGGAGGGCGCCUCGGAAGAAGAAGAACCAGCUGCCGAGUUCGUGGCAGAUAAGUUUGGUCUCAACGAUGGUUUCUUCUCCAUCGACGAGUUCAACAAGCAGUCCGAGUUUCUGGAACAGCAGGACGUGAGGGGUGAGGAGGAUGUGGGCGAGGAUGACGAGGAGAUUGACUUCGACGCGGAUCCAGGAGCGCAGGCCUCGGCAGGGGCGAGUGGCAGCGCAGAAGUGGAUGACGAGGAGAGUGAGGACGAAGAAGAUGGACCUACCUUUGGCGACCCUGACGCAGAGAGUGAGGACGAAGACGACGAUGGCGAGGGUGUCGGAGAUAUGGACGCGAUAGGAGGCAUGGGCAACACCAACAGCGUCAUGUACGCCGACUUCUUCGCCCCACCUGCACAGAAGAAGCGCAAGAACAAGAAAGGACGACCGAACCCGCACAAUUUCCCGGAAGCAUCCAACACUGAUGGUGCAGCUCAAGAUGAUUCGGCAGAACCAGAAGAGAUGCAACGCACAAUGGAUGCAGUACAUCGGGACCUGUUUGAAGAAUCUGACGAGGAGGAGGAAGAAGACCAGCCCGAGGAGCUGGAUCCAGCUGACCCUCGUUCUCGCCGGUCAGCCCACGAACGCCGCAAGCUGCAGCUGCAAGAAGAAAUCCGCAAACUGGAAGCCGCCAAUGUAGCAAAAAGAGACUGGCAAUUGUCUGGUGAAGCCCGUGCAGCCGAUCGGCCGGUCAAUGCUCUCCUCGAAGAAGACCUGGAUUUCGAAAGAGCCGGCAAACCGGUACCAGUCAUCACUGCCGAAGUCAGUGAAGACAUUGAAAGUCUGAUCAAACGCCGCAUCCUCGCCUUUGACUUCCAGGACAUACUCAAGCGUCGCCCUGAUGAUCUUGCGACAGGAAGUGGCAAACGUGGCAAGCUCGAUUUCGAACUAGACAACACCAAGAGUAAAAAGAGUUUGGCAGAAGAGUACGAAGAGGAGUACUCGCGUCGUACCGACCCCAAUUUCGUGGAGGUCAAGGACGAAAAAUUCGCAAAAGAGCAAAAGGAGAUUGAGACACUGUGGAAAGAAGUCUGUGGACAGCUCGACAGUCUGUCAUCGUGGAACUUCCGACCCAAAGCUGCAGCUCCACAAAUGGACAUUCGCGUGGACGCGCCCGCCAUCACGAUGGAAGACGCUCGUCCCUCUGCAGGUGGCGAGAUUGCGGGCGCCAGUCAAUUGGCGCCUCAAGAGAUUUACAAAGGCGGCGAGGGCAGCAAGACUGACAAGUCUGAAGUGGUAGGCAAGUCCGGCCUUCCUGCUGGAAGAGAGGAAUUGGACAAAGACGAGAGGAAGAGGAGAAGAAGACGUGAGAAGGAGAGAAUUCGAAAAGCGACAGGGAACCCUCAGAGCACCACGAAUGGCAAGCCCACGGAGAGUAGAGCGAAGAAGGAGAAGAAGAGUAUGCUAGGAGAUCUCAAAAAGGGUGGAGUCAAGGUCAUUUCGAAUAAGGGAGUCGUGACUGAUGUGGAAGGAAACGAGGCACGGAAUACCAGUGGGGGGCAAGGCGCUGGUCGAUUUAAAUUGUGA